AGCAGUAGUACGAUAACAGAGAUAACAGAAGACGAUUCUCUCUGUGGAUGCGUUCAACCACUUGAACGUCGGGAGCGUUGAGAACACAAUUCUAAACGCACCCAUCUAAAAUCUAAACGGUAGCGUUUUACAACGCCAAGUCGAACGCAAAAUAGCGCUAUUAUUAACACUGUCAGCGUCCAAGUAGAAUGUACCCUACGAGAAGUCUGUCAUAACCUGUCGAAAAAUCACCGCUAAAUACAAAUAUACACGUGUAUUUUGUAUGACUGCGUUGUGCUCCAUUCUGCUCACGAGUGUGUUGAAAACUGAAUAUCUAAAAAAUUCUAUAAAAAAAAACUGUAGGAUUGGUUAUUCAGGAACGUUGAUUAUUUCGAUAACGGUAUAUUAUCGAAUAGUUUUGAAAUUUUUUUUUAGUAUUCAUAACAGAUUAGGAAAGAACGAUACUUUUGCAAAUGAGGUUAUGUUGAUGUUGAGCAUGUGUUUUAUUGAAUCGUCUUUGUAAACGAACAUUUGUGAAUCAUGGGUAAACCGGGUGGCGGUUUUCCGAGAAAAGACGGACAAAAAUUGUCUUGGUCGUAUCGCAAUAAAAAACGACAAGCGAGAAAUAAUAAAGAAGGAGAUGGCAAUACUGGACAGGAAAAUGUCCAAGUACAGAACAAAAAAGCUCGUAUUGUCGUGCGCAAUCUAUCGUUCAAGGCCACUGAAAAUGAUGUGCGAAGAUUAUACGAGCCUUUUGGAGAAAUUGAACAAAUAGAUCUUCUGAAACGUCCCGAUGGCAAACUUGUGGGAUGUGGUUUUGUACAGUUUAAACGAGUUGAGGAUGCUUCAAAAGCUAUUUUUAAUACCAACAAAAAGGAAUUGCUUGGCCGGCCAAUAAACACUGCUUGGGCAAUAUCAAAGUCGAAAUACAUUGAACAAAUUGGAGAUAAGACCUUGAAGAAAGAAAACUUGAAUGGCGAGUCAAGUUCAAAAGAAAAUGAAGAAGAGAUCGAUAACGAAGAAGUUUAUUUGGAUAAUGAGCAGAAUGUAGAAUCUGAACUCAAUGGCGAUACUGAAGUCAUAAGCAAGGGAAAGAAAGGUGUUUCGAAGAGGGUAGACAGAAAAGUUCAGAAACUCAGGAAGGCAAAAAAACGAGCGCGGAUUGUAAUUCGAAACUUAGCUUUUCAGGUCACUGAGGAAGCUUUGCGAGAGCAUUUUUCCAAAUACGGAACAAUAGAGGAAAUUAAAAUAUUGACAAAGCCUGAUGGAAAACGUCUCGGCUGUGGUUUUAUCCAGUACAAACUUGCUCAAGAUGCAUCAAAAGCAGUUCAUUUUGAAAAUAUGAAACCUCUUCUCGGCAGACCCAUGGUGGUUGAUAAAGCUGUGGCAAAAACUAAAUUUGAUAAAGCAACAACAUCAGUAGAAGUAAAGUCAGAAAUUGAAGAAAUUGAAAUAAAGUCAGAUCCUGAGGAGAAAGAUUCAAAGGUAAUUAGUGAAGAUGCUAAUGGAAGUGAAGAAAGUGAUGAAGAUGAUAUAAAAGAAGAAAUCAGUUCAGAGGAUGAGGACAGCGAUGGAUCCAUCAAAAAAGAGAAAAACGGAAGUGUCGAAGGAACGGAAAAUGAAGAUGAAGAAGACGAAAUUCAGGAUGACAGAGCAAGACCCCGUGUUAUUUCCAAUGAUGUCAAUGAAGGAAAAACGGUGUUUUUAAAAAAUGUUCCAUUCGCUGUUAAAAAUGAAGAGUUGAGAGAGCGCAUGGAACAAUAUGGUCCUGUUUAUUAUGCUUUAAUUUGCAUGGACCCUCUAACAGAGCAUUCGAAAGGAACUGCUUUUGUCAAAUUCCGGAAUGUAGAAGACGCUGAAAAAUGUUUAUCCGCUGGUACUGAACUGCGUUUGCACGACCAAGUGCUCGAUCCUCACAGAGCUUUGAAUAGGAACGCGGUUCAAGACAAUAAAAGUCUCAAAAAAGAAAAGAUCAAAGAUUCACGAAACUUGUAUCUCGUGAAAGAAGGUGUAAUAUUAGCGGGAAGCCCUGCGGCUGUGGGUGUAUCUGUGAGCGACAUGGCCAAACGUUUGCAAAUGGAACAGUGGAAAUCUCAAAUGUUGAGAAAUCUCAAUAUGUUUGUGUCAAGGGUUCGUCUGGUAGUACACAAUUUGCCGCCGACUCUCAAUGAUUCUCAAUUAAGAGAGAUAUUCAAAAAGCAUGCAGGUCCCAAAGCUUUCAUACAAGAGGCGAGGGUGAUGCGAGAUUUGAAGAACGUUGAUGAGAAAGGAGUUGGAAAAUCGAAAGAAUUUGGAUUCGUAGCUUUCACAAAUCACGAAGAUGCGUUAAAGGCGUUGAGAAGCAUAAACAAUAAUCCAAACAUAUUUUCAAAAACGAAGAGGCCAAUUGUAGCAUUUUCGAUCGAGAAUCGUGUCAUGGUGAACGCGAAAAAACGACGUAUAACGAAGAGUCGAGAGCAUAAUCCUCUUUGGAAUGGUGAAAAAACGGAUAGUAAGACAAAUGAGCCUGUUCGUAAACGGGUAAAAGUAUUGAGCGCACCAAAAGAUUCCGUCGAAGCAUCUGCAGAAUAUUCUGGUAUAAAGAGCAAACCUGGCGAACAAAAAAUGAGAUCCAGAUAUAAUCUGAAGAGUCAAGCUAUGCUGCAUCAAAAAAUGUGUAAAACUGAGAAGAAAAAAGUGAAAGAGACGAAAAAGAUUCAAGCAAAAAAACGGGAAAUGCGAGCGUCGAGGCAAGAGGUCAAGCCGAAGCAAGGCUCCAAAAAGAUCACAGCAGACGAAGCAAAUUUCAACAAACUCGUGAAUAAUUACAAAAGCAAAUUGCAAGCGGUUCCAAGCGCCAAAUCCAAGUGGUAUGAUACUUGAAUUUAGAUAUUGAUCGAGGUUCUGCAAGCUCUGUUUAUUGUAUCAUACACAUAGGUAAUAAAUUCUAAUAACAAAAUUCUUACUUAA